CAAGUUUCCUUUUCCCUGACACGCUUGUUCACUCUGGUCGACGUGAUUUAGGAUUGCUGUGUGUUUUUUUUCUAAUUUUUGAAUUUGAGUUUUUUUUAAUUUAAAAAAUGUCUCAUCGUAAAUUUUCGGCACCGCGUCAUGGUUCUUUGGCAUUUACUCCAAAAAAACGAAGCAAGCGUCAUCGUGGUAAAGUCAAGGCUUUUCCCAAAGAUGAUCCAACCAAACCGAUUCAUUUGACCGCAUUCGUUGCCUAUAAAGCGGGUAUGACUCAUAUCGUUCGUGAAGUCGAUAAGCCGGGAUCAAAAGUGAAUAAAAAAGAAGUUGUUGAAGCUGUAACGAUCUUGGAAGCACCACCAAUGGUCGUUGUUGGUGUCGUCGGUUAUAUCGAAACACCGAAAGGAUUACGUCCGUUCAAGACUGUUUGGGCUGAACAUUUAAGUGAAGAAUGUCGACGACGAUUCUACAAGAAUUGGUACAAAUCUAAGAAAAAGGCUUUUUCCAAGUAUGCAAAGAAAUGGGCCGAUCCUGCUGGCAAACGUGAAAUCGAUCAAGAUUUGGCUCGAAUCAAGAAAUAUUGUAGUGUUGUGCGUAUAAUUGCUCACACCCAGAUGAAAGUAAUGAAAAAACGUCAAAAGAAAUCUCAUGUUAUGGAAAUCCAAUUGAAUGGUGGCACCAUUUCGGAUAAAGUCGAUUGGGCACGUGAGCAUUUUGAAAAGCCAAUACCAGUUGAAAAUGUGUUUGCACAAGAUGAAAUGAUUGACAUUAUCGGUGUGACUAAAGGUAAAGGCUACAAAGGUGUAACAUCACGUUGGCAUACGAAGAAAUUGCCACGAAAGACCCAUAAAGGUCUUCGAAAAGUUGCUUGUAUUGGUGCAUGGCAUCCAAGCCGUGUGCAAUUUUCGGUUGCACGUGCCGGUCAAAAAGGUUACCAUCAUCGAACCGAGAUAAACAAAAAGAUCUACAAGAUUGGCAAAGGUGGUAAAGAUGCCAAAAACAAUGCCUCCACCGAGUAUGAUAUUACCGAGAAAAACAUUACUCCAAUGGGUGGCUUUCCGCAUUAUGGUACAGUCAAUUGUGAUUACAUAAUGAUCAAAGGAUGUUGUACUGGGCCGAAAAAACGCGUGUUGACUCUUAGAAAGUCACUAUUGGUGCAUACCAAACGUUCGGCAUUGGAAAAGAUCAAUCUAAAAUUUAUCGAUACAUCAUCAAAAUUCGGUCAUGGCAAAUUCCAGACCAUACAGGAAAAGAAAGCUUUCAUGGGUCCACUCAAAAAAGAUCGUUUGGCUGCAGAAGAAAAAGCUUAAAUGUGGAAAAAUGUCGAUUUUUUCUAUUAUUUUACAAAAAACAGUCUUCAAUAAAAAUGAAAAUAAAUUAAAUGAUGACAAUA